AUGGUCAAUCAAAGUGCACCUAUCUUGCGCCAACUUGUGCAAUUUUAUACCCCUGCUGCUUUUGAUAUGUUCCAGGAACAAUGGGGCCUCCAGUUCUCCGUAAAAUUAAUUGAACGUGAUGAGAAAGAAUCAUUGUUUGUAUACACGGCCCAUAUGAUAGAUGAAGAGGGGGAAUGGAGAAUUGAGUUUAACCCUGAGACACAUGAAAUUUGUUGUAGUUGUCAGAAAUUUGAGGCCACUGGCAUAUUAUGUUGCCAUGCAUUGAAAGUAUAUGAGUCCAAAGAUAUAAGAGUUAUGCCUGAACAAUAUAUUCUCAAGCGGUGGACCAAGGAAGCAAGGAAUGGGAUUGUCCAUGAUAUCAAAGGAAAUAAGAUACAAGCAGAUCCUAGACUUGACACAAUACGAAGAUACAGACAACUGGUGAUUAGUAUGGUAAGAUUGGCAACACAGGCUGCUAUUACUCCUGAGGGAUUUGCUCGUGUUCAUAAAUGUAUUAUUGAGUUACAAAAAGAGUUUACUCAAGAUAAUGAAAAUGAUACUUUUGAACCAGUCAUGGAGCCAGAAAAUAUGCCAAAGGGAUUCAAGAAAAGAGAUGGAAAAUUUAGAAAGAAACGUCACAAAGGUUGGGAAGAGAAAAAUCGACAAAAAAGAAGAAAAGUUGCACCAAAGGACCCUCCAGAGACUUCAUCAUCUAAGAAGCCAUCGAAGAAAAAACAAAAGGCUUCAUCACAAAUGAAGGAUAUUCAAACUCAAGCUUCAACAAUCUCACAUUUAGAAGCUUCAACACAACUUUCACAAACACAAGACUCAACUUUUUCAUUCUCUGUUUCUCCAACACAACAUGGUUUUCCACCCUCUAGGUCACAACCAUUGUCAUAUACAAGUUUAUUGAUGGCACAAAGUAUUGCAAUUCCAUCACUUGAAGCCAUAGAUCUCAUGCCAAACUAUAUGCAAGGAGAGUAA